CUGCGUCUGGAUGCUGACGGUGGUCACGCUGAGGUGUCAGGCGACCGGUCACGAAAAUGCGGAGGUGGAGGGAAAUUCCGAAGAGUCCGUUAUCGACGACACCACCGAGGAUUAUUGGGCGGGCAGCGGAUCGGGACCCGACGAGGAUGAGUCCUCCUCUCACAACGAAACCAGAGAAGCGUUAACUCACGAGGCCAGCGACCACGAUGCUGUCGUGUACGUUGGUGACGGUCCCGCUUACGUGCCAGUACCUUCGUUGAAGACUCGACCGUUGAAUCCGAAUCUUCAGGCUCUUCAAACUCUCCAAGGCUUGCAGAGCCUCGCUGGAAACGGAGGUACAGGCGUAGUCGGCGACGAUGAUUGGAGGAGACAUCCAGAAACCUGGGACCGCGAACACCGAAGAUACAGGCCCAACACGACGAGAGUGCAACAUAUCGAGGCGGAAUGCCAGGAUGACUACAUGAAAAUCAGGAUCGGAUUCAACGGAUCCUUCGCUGGCCUCUUGUACUCAGCAGGCUACUCGUACGAUCCCGAUUGCAUGUACGUUAAUGGGACGGGCCGCGACUACUACGAGUUCUACAUUCAGCUGAAUCGGUGCGGCACCCUCGGCGAGAACACUCAUCAUCAGGACAGCAGGAAGAAUCCGACGAAAAAUCUCAUGUGGAACACGGUCACGGUGCAGUACAACCCAUUGAUAGAGGAGGAAUUCGACGAACACUUCAAGGUGACUUGCGAGUACGGCUACGACUUUUGGAAGACGGUGACGUUUCCCUUUCUCGAUGUCGAGGUCGCCACGGGAAAUCCCGUAGUCUUCACCCUGCAGCCACCGGAGUGCUACAUGGAAAUCAGAUACGGUUACGGGACCACUGGAACUAGAGUGGCUGGACCAGUCCGCGUCGGCGAUCCCCUGACUCUCAUUAUCUACAUGCGCAGCAAAUACGAUGGCUUUGAUAUCGUCGUAAAUGAUUGCUACGCUCAUAAUGGCGGGAACAAAAGGAUUCAACUGAUCGAUCAAUAUGGAUGUCCAGUGGAUGACAAACUGAUCAGCCGGUUUCGUGGUUCCUGGUCGGAGAGUGGCCUGUUCGAGACCCAAGUCUUUGCUUACAUGAAGACUUUCAGGUUCACGGGAUCGCCGGCUCUAUAUAUCGAAUGCGAUGUUCGCAUGUGCCACGGAAGAUGUCCGAGCCAACCUUGCCACUGGAGAAACGCGAAGAAUGUGGUAAAGCGAUCGGUACCGGAAAUCGGUGGACCGACGACGCCGGCGACUAGUUUGUCGGAGAACGUGAACCUCUUCCAGUCUCUUCGCGUUCUUCAGGAAGGCGAGGCGGACACGGAACUGUUCCAGAAUUCCACUAACUACUCUCGCAGCGGUUUUAGCGAGCCUACUGACAGAGUAUGUCUGAGAUCGACAGUGGCCAGUAUAAUAGUAGGUCUCGGCUGUGCCUUCCUCUGCAUCAUGGCCGGCACGAUACUAGCCAUGUGCUCGCGAAUGCGACGGCAAGCGCGAGAAAAAUUACUGUCGGACAGUAUAAGCUACAUGACGCACAAAGGUCGGAUCAACUAGGGUUACAUUUCUAGGAUGCGGAGGCCUAUUUCUUUUCGCUUCGUCCCAAUCAGAUUGCGAUGUAUUCGCAUCUUUUGCAUGGAGCCGCCAAGGAACUGCUCCGCCGGUAUAAUAUAAGAAUGCGUCGUUAAGAUAGGAAAUGGUCGAUAUAAAUGACUGAACUUCGAGCCACUGAUAAGUCGACAUUGGAUAAUAUAUGAUGCAACUAAAACGCGGUAUAUAAUAAUUAAGUUAAUUUUUUUUAUGAAUCGGAAAAAUAUUCUGUAAAAAAUUUUAGAAGAGUUUAUUUUUUAUGUACUCUUCUCUUCUCUCUAUUAACUUCUUAAGGUAAACGUGGGAUUGACACAGUGCGAAGUGCCUUACGUAUUUUGAUAGUCGUCGAUAAUUCAGACUCCCAUGGAUAUAAUAGGUCUCAUCGAUCCUUUGUGUGCGAAUGCUUUUUUUACAUAAAUAAUUAUUCGCUGCUAUACUCUCGCUUCUCUUACUUAACGAAGUGUUAAUCGAUACUCAUUCGUCAAUUGAUGUAUAUGUCGCGAGUGAGGUAUCCGUAGCGAGUUAUCGCUCAUCGAUAAAUAGAGGUAGAAAUCGUCGAUAUUGCCACGAUCUCGGUGCCGAAUGUGCGGUCAACGGAAAAUAAAGACUUCAACCUUUACCGCGUCGAUCGGUAAUUUAACAGUUUACUUGCGAUCGACAUGGUGUCUUUUCUCUUUUUUUUUUUUUUUAUUAUUGCUUACUUCGAUCUCUCAUGCGGCACGUUUAGAGAUCAAAACGAAUGUAACGUCAGUAACGACGCUUAAUUGCCGUUGAUAAGAUUCAGUACUUAUAUGUGUCUUUAUCCACGACAUUACUCGCCAUAUUCAGGAACGUAAAAACAGUUUUUCUAGCAAUUCGAUUAUUCAAUGAAACGAUUAAUAUGUAAAAUAACGAAUUAAUAGGAAGAAUAACUUAACAAUGUCAAACGGAGCAGAUAAACAUUGCUAUAAUUAAAA